GCCCCAGUGCUAAACAGGUGGUGGGUGUGACACAGGUCUCCCCUUAGUGGAGCUAUCUGCCUCUAGCUUUCUCCCAGUUGCAGCUUCCCAGCAGGACUGGAUUAGGGUUUAGAAAAGUAUGUUUGCUCCUGAGUAGCAGUCUGAAAGACAGCAUAGAAGCACAGAGGACCGCUCUUCUGUUGCACUGGCAAUGCUGACUGUGUUCUUAAGCACUUUGACCCCCAAAUUCUACGUUGCACUUACAGUGACUUCAUCUCUUAUAUCUGGACUGAUACUUGGUUUUGAAUGGUGGUACUUCCGGAAGUACGGCACCUCUUUCAUCGAGCAGGUGUCAGUGAGUCAUCUGAGGCCGCUCAUUGGAGGAGUGGAGAACAGUCCUCCCACGCCGAGCUUUCCAGCCAGCAAUGGGGAAAACGAGACAAACAGGCAGAACUUGUCAGAGUGCAAAGUGUGGAGAAACCCCCUCAAUCUUUUCAGAGGAGCAGAAUAUAGCAGGUACACCUGGGUGACUGGGAAGGAGCCACUGACAUACUAUGACAUGAAUUUGUCUGCUCAGGAUCAUCAGACCUUUUUCACAUGUGAUACAGACUCUCUUCGGCCUUCAGAUACAGUUAUGCAGAAGGCAUGGCGCGAGAGAAACCCUCAGGCCCGGAUCAAAGCAGCACAUCAAGCUUUGGAAUUAAGUAACGACUGUGCCACUGCAUAUGUCCUCCUGGCCGAGGAGGAAGCAACAACCAUUGUGGACGCUGAGAAGUAUUUUAAGCAGGCGCUGAAAGCAGGAGAAAGUGUUUACAGAAAAUCUCAGAACUGCCAUUCCCAAAGCCCCCAGCAUGAAGCACAGCUUAGAAGAGACACUAAUGUUCUGGUGUAUGUGAAAAGGAGACUAGCUAUGUGUGCAAGGAAACUUGGAAGAAUAAGAGAAGCAGCAAAAAUGAUGAGAGAUUUAUUGAAAGAGUUUCCACUUUUCAGUAUGCUGAAUAUCCACGAAAACCUCCUGGAGGCAUUACUGGAAUUACAGGCUUAUGCUGAAGUCCAGGCAGUUUUAGCCAAGUAUGAUGACAUCAGUCUUCCAAAAUCGGCAGCAAUAUGUUACACAGCAGCACUGUUAAAGGCUAGAGCUGUUUCAGAAAGAUUCUCUCCAGAAACAGCCUCCAAGAGAGGUCUCAGUGCAGCAGAAAUAAAUGCUGUGGAGGCGAUUCACAGGGCUGUGGAGUUUAACCCUCAUGUCCCAAAGUACUUACUAGAAAUGAAAAGCCUAAUUCUACCUCCGGAGCACAUUCUGAAACGAGGGGACAGUGAGGCGGUAGCAUAUGCAUUCUUCCAUCUUCAGCACUGGAAGCGGAUAGAAGGGGCCCUUAAUCUGUUGCACUGUACGUGGGAAGGCACAUUCAGAAUGAUCCCGUACCCAUUAGAGAAGGGCCAUCUUUUCUAUCCUUAUCCCAGCUGCACAGAGACAGCAGACAGGGAGCUGUUGCCAACGUUUCAUGACGUCUCCGUUUACCCGCAGAAGGAGCUUCCUUUCUUUAUCCACUUCACGGCAGGGCUGUGCUCGUUUUCAGCAAUGCUUGCCCUCCUCAUGCACCAGUUCCCUGAACUCAUGGUCGUGUUUGCUAAAUCUUUCUUCGGGACUCUUCUGUCACCCUUCAGCUUCCUUAGGGAGAAGAUUGAGCGCUUCGUGCCGUCCGGUCUCUGGCACCAGCUGACCCACGUUUGACGGGAACCUGUUCUGCACAGUAAUUAGUCCCGACUGUUCUCAGGAACCUCCGACCCACCUCCCCCAGGGCAGUGGAGUAGUUAGCUGGCAGCCGAGGGAGUGUGGGGAAGAUGAGCUGCAUUAUUUAAACUGUCAUCUUUCACCAGCUUCCACCUUGUUAAUGGUGCUUGAAGUGACUGAAUUCCUCCUCUGGCAGUAGGAUCUGUAGUCAUUUAAGCAAGCUGCGUUUUGUUGAGCAGUGACUCUCUUUGCUCCCUGAACCAGUUAUGCAAGUUGAGGCUACUACUUUCUCUGUAAAACUACAGAACACAAUAAAUCAGGUGGAUGUUUUAUGGGUAUCAAUGUUUUUUUUCUGACCCGUAAAUACGGCAAAGCUUUUAUUAGCCAAUUUCCAGGUUUAAGAGCCCAGACCAAAGUAGUUCUGAAUAGGCUGAGUACAGAUCUGCUCUGUUUCUAUUAGACAGCCGCUUUUCUGUCGCACCUACAUUUGUUGGCCUCUUAAGUGGUUAAGACAGGUCAUGCUGUGCAAUUAGCAGUCUGCUUAUGCUCUCUCCCAUAUUCUCACACUGCACAAGCCUCUCUAUUUAGUGUCCUCAAUUCAAUUUUAAACUGCCUUUCUGUCUGUCUCUCUGUCUGUAUUUGUAUGCUUCAGCGCGAAGAGAUUGCAGCAUCGCCUCUUACAUUGCCAGCAAAGCGCUUGAGAGACCUGCGUGUGAAUCCAUGUGGGAGAGAUGGACUCUGGGAUGGCGAUCAAAAAAACCCCAGUACCUGCAUCCACUGAUGUUGAGGCAAAAGUACUUGCAACUCUGGUGUGCUCUUGACAGGGCUAGUACACUCGAACAGAGGCUUGCUCCCAGGGCCCCUGUGAAUUAGGGUGCAGCUAGGACGAUGAGCUCACAAGGCCACGAGAGGGAUAUUUUUCACUUCCCAUUGGGAUUUAUCUUCAAAUCCCAUCCUUGGGCAGGAACAUGGAGAAGGCUGAGCCAGCUCCUUCCUGCGCUUGCCACUCCAGGACUCCGACGCAGCCGAUCCGGGUGGCAUCCUUCAAUUAAGUGCAUCUUAUGAGAGGAAAAUGCUGACUUAGAGAGAGGCCGCGGCACAGGAGUCAUAGCCCCCACAGCAGGCUUGCAAAGAUGAGGCCUUUGCUCUAGCUUAAAUGCUUGGAUCUGCUGAGGAGGAGUUGAGGGGAGAGAUCUGCAGAAGAUACUGAUUGAGUGUUGGAGUCUUCUCACCACUGGUAGGUAAUUUUCUCAGCUUUCCCCUUCCAGUUGAACGUGAGCUGCUGGGGCUGCGUCUCGCUGUGGAAUCGUUGUGGUGAUUAAUAGCCAUGUUGUGCUCACGUAAUUUCACUUCGUGGCCCGCAGGGGCCCGUAAGCUAACCAACCUAAUGCUUUUUACAGUUGAACCUUUUCCAGCAUUUGUGUGGGGUUAUAAAUGAAGCGCUGCCUCCCAUGCAUCAUCCCAAGAGCUGCUUUCUCUCACUGUCCUCCCCUGACAUAGCAGUAACAGCAAGGGGAUGGGUUUGCGCUGGAAGCAAUGCUGGCAGUGUCCAAGGCAGCAAACACCCCCCAGCAGUGUUGGCGGUUCUUGGUGGGGUACACAUCUCUUACAGGGAGCCCUUGUGCUCUGCAGUCGUUCACCUCCGUCAUGGGCGAGUGGCCUCCUGGCACCUGAUCCAGGAGGUAGCGAUGCUGCUGCGAUGCCAACAGUGGCGUAGGUGGUAUCAGCAGUGACUUGGGGGAAAUAAUCUGCAUUCUGUCCAAGGGACUUGAGCAAAGUGGUUGUCACAUCAGUGCCCCAUAAAAACCUAGGUCAUUUCUGGAAUUUUAAUUCACUUUAAAGCCACCAGCAUGCAUUGGAUCAAAAUGACAGCAUGGGUGUGAUCAAAAUAGAGUAUUGUGGUGCUGCUGUUGAUUGUAAAGCACUUUAAAUACUGCGGGGAUGGAGCUUUGUCAGUACCAUGGUAGAGACCAUGUAGGCAGAACAUGAUCUUUUUAAACCACUUGGUAAUGUUGGCUGGGAUUCUCAAAAGAAACCAGGGGAGUUAAGUUAGUUGGUUUUCAGGUGCCUAAUUCUUCUAGACCCCACUCAGUCGUAGUCAUCAAGCAGAGUAUCUCCGUGCGCUUCUUCAUGUUCUUAAACCGAGGCCUGCAGGCAAGGUCGUAGUUCAGAGAAAUGAAAUGGGUUCUGUCUGCAGUUCAGGCCCCUUGCACGGGUAGGAGCAUGUCCUGCUUCUGCAGCAUCCAUCCACCCCUGCAAUUAAACACAUUGCAUGGUCUCACGUGCUGCCGCCGAUGGUAAAAGUACCUUUUCACAGGUUGACCCUGCAGGUUGAGGGUGAUUCUGGGCAAGCUUCUCCGCUUUGUUGGGGCUAGAAAACUGUGCCAGACUCCCAGAGGAACUGGCCUUUCCUGGAGCUGGGAUUCCCUGAUCGCCGGGUAUUGACAGUGCUACGGUGCCUUGGGGCUGAGAACAAAUGCAUGUCGCUGGCUUCCUUGCUUCCCCACCUCAUCAGAAGGGGACACAGAAGUGGAAGAAGAGGUGGGGCAGGGAAGGGCAUCCUGUGGCCAUGAGUGCUGCCUGGUAGGGGAAGAUCUGGGGCAGCUUUGCUGCUGCCCGGUCCCCCGUGCAGAGCUGGACAGGGCUGUUGAUUCCCUGCCCCCUUGCUCUGGAAUUGCUUUGAGGGUGCCAAGGCUGGCAGAGCCGUGAUGCGCAGCAAAGCAGGGUUCAGGGGUCGCAGGCGAGGCCAUUAAUAACCAGGUGCAAACGGCGGGUUGAGAUGGAAUGGGGAGCUCUGUGCUCAUUUCAUUUCUGCACGUUGGGGGCUCUGUUUGCUUACGGAGCGCUCGGUGUCUGGUACCUGCGCCGGCCGGGAGCAGGCAGCCGGGCUCCUGCGGAGGAGUGCAGCACAUUGUUCUCCGGUGUUGUAAUUGGGCAGUGGUAGUGUGGGCUUAUUCAUCUCCCCUUCUUGCGGUCAUGCUUGUCUGGGUCCUUUUUCUUUCCCAGAAGCCACAGGUGCAUCCCCAGAGUCACUGGCCAGACGGGCGUUGGGGAGGUCUUUCUGUCACCUGCCUCUGGGCCAGUGGGCUGGAGAGUCGAUAAGCAAGCAAGCUCCUCGAAAGAGGUGGAUGUGUCCGCCAGGGUGCUGCAACCACCAAUGUCCAGCGCCAGUUGUUUUUGGCUGAGCGGUGCCCCUUGGAUUGCAGCAUGUGGGAGAUGCACUGGUCAUUAGCAGGAUUUCGGGGUGGACAUGGCUGCAGGGGCAGGGGGCAGUUUCUACAUUGCUCCCCCAGGCACAGUUGGCAAGGUGCCCGGCAUGCCCAAGAAGAAAGGUGGCAGGGGAGGAGGGGGAGAGACCCUGAGUAGGGCUGCACCAUGGCCCUGGAGCAGAACCCACCUUCUGGAGCUGCUUCCCUUCCAAAGGAGCAGGCUGCUUGCUCUGCCCUUGCAGUCGGGGUCUGGUCAGUGGCCCCCUGCCCCGGCAGAUUGCUAUUGUCUGUGCUGCCUGUUGGGUGGGGGUGAACCCUCUUGCUUGGAGAUCCCCUUCCAUGGCCCUGGCAGCAGCAGUGGACUUGAAGGCUGUGACCAGGGUGAGGAAAAUCUUGCCAAGCAGGCCCCGACAGGUCAGGUGAAGGUUAGCCUGAAGUCCUAGGGAUUCAGUCCUGUGGUUUUUCCCAGAUGCAGUGGGAGUGAUGCACUUGUGUUGCCCCCACCAAGGUGAGAGCUAGCGGCUGCUGGCACAUGGCUGUUAGCAGAGCUCCUUGUGCAGGGACAGCAGUGAGGGUGGAAGCUGGAGCAUGGGCCAUUUGCUGCUAGAUGUGCAAGCUGCUGAUGGGCUGCAGUAAGAAAGGUGUUCCGUGGAGCUGGAAAAGCCCUGGAUGUCCAUGAGGAGUACCAGAAGUCAUCCAUGCCUUGUACCCAGCAAGACAUUACCCUUGUGCAUGCUGUCAGGGCUGGGCUGGCUCUCGCUUCUCAUGGCUGACGAGAGGAGCAUCCCGUUGGGAGCCAGUGCUGGUUGCAUUGUCCCACGCUUUCUCCAACAGCAGCACCUGCCCGUCUCAGCUCCGUGGCCCCUCAUCAGCCCACCCUGCACCUCAUCCUCCGGUCCAGACGUGCCUCGAUUUCGAAGGCGAUGAGAAGAUGAUCUUCCACCGAGGGCUUCCCGUGCACUUAGCCCCGCUCGCUUACAAGGGGCUCAUGAGUGGGAUAGAGUAUCCCCUGACAGGGCUUCGGCCUCGGCAAGCUCUUGUAGAUGGAAAACAGCUGCUUCCGCGGGUGAGGAGGGGGAGUUUCAGGAAGUCCCAUUUAUAAUUGAGCGCAGGGAGGUCUGAAUUUCAUUAGACCUGCAAAGGAAGGUGGCUGUAGCGCGUGCCAGCCACUAGCAUGGGGGUACUGGCCCAUGGCCAGUAAUGGUCAGGUAGGAAACUAGAGAUCCCUGUGGGGCUCUUUUCAUGCCUGUGCCUCAGUUUCCCCUGUGGCAAAGGGGGCAAUACUGGCCUUUCUUCUGCCUUGUCUAUUCAGGGUGGCAAACUCCUUAGAGGAUGGACUGUCCCAGCUGUGGGUGCAUGGUGUCCGGAGGGGUGAGGCCCUGAUUGCAGCUGAAGCCUCCUGCUCUUCUGUAGCACCAGCAGCUGCUCCAAGAGCUCUUGCUUCAUUGCAGUGCAGGCUGCAGGCCUUGGCAUGCAACCUGCAUGGCCCUGGGCUGCUAGGGAGAGCUGCCCUGUGGCUAGGGUUAUCCCACAUGGCAGCACCUUUGCCUUUGCAGUCAGUGCACAGUGAGGAGGGGGGCUGGGGGUAGCCUUCGGGCUCCAGUGCUUCGCAGCCUCGAACACCCACGUUCAGGGAGCAGAGCUCUCUCCAGGCUUUCAGGGCCGUGAUUAAGGUGCUGCACAUGCCCCAUCAUUCAUCAGGUGGCCUGCAGACCACUAAGUGCUGGUGUUCCUGCCAGAGGAGAGCUCCUGGGAGCCUUGUGGGGGGGGAAUAGCUGUUUAUUGUGGGCAGCCCCCAGCUCAGGGCAUGGGGCCUUUCCAGCCUGCUCUGUGCACAUCCCCCGGGGGAGUCUCGGGCUCCGUGCAAGGGGUUUUGUUUUUUUCUUUCAGUUUAAGUCCUAAAUUGCUGGCAGGUGGGGCAGUAAUGAAGAUGAAUGAGGGGAGCUCUUCCUGCCAGAUUAGAUCUGUGCUGAUGAAGGCGUCUGCUGCGGCCGCGCUGCCCGGGGUCUCAUCCCAGCCCUCUCCUCCCCUCCGCUUGCAGGAGCUCCACCGGCACCUCACCGAGGGGGAUGGAUCUCUCCACGCUGCACUGAGUCCGAGGUGAGGGCCUGCACCCCCCCCAGAGAUGGGCAUGGCUGUGACCCCCAAGAUGUGGGGCUGGGGGCUGCUGCUGGGUUCUUCUAAUGCAGCCUGUGGGCCAGACUGUCCUGAGCAGCCCUGAAGAAAUCCUCUGGCUUUAACCCUGCCUGCUGGGAUCUGCUCAGAUCCUGAUGCCCAGAGCCAAGGACUCAUCUCACAACCAUCUUAGAAACAGCAGCAAGGCACAUGCAUCCCAUUGCAAGUGAAGAAGGGCACUGCCCUAGUGUCUGUGUUGCCAUAUCUUUGCUUUACAUGAGCUGGGUCUGCCCCUUUCCAGACCGCAGCUGCAAGCCCGCCCAACCCUUCUACAGGCAAAGCAGCUGAUCUCAAGCAAAGCUUUCUGCAGAUGCAGCCGUUGAGUGUUGCUGUCUGCUACUGUUGGGCCGUGCGUCUGGGACAGGAUCCUUCCUAGCACAGGACCAGGAACUGUCAGGCUUGUUCCGGCCACAUCCGCUACAAGCCUUCUUGCAGGCUCCUCGUGAAACUUGCCAGCAAGUGCCACGUGUCUGAGGGUUGGUGGCUUUCUUAGGCUAUUGCCUUGAGAGCCCCUCUAUUUUGUUAAGCCAAAGUGGGUGUUGUCCUUAUCCCGCUGCCCUCUUGGGCUGAGGGAGUGUCCCACUGGCCUCACGUGCUGCGUAGCCUUGGGGAGAGUGUUCGGGACAGCACCAAGCUCCGUGGUCCAGCCUGCUGGCAGGGAUCACAGCUCCCUCUGUGUCUGACUGGGGCAUGCCGCAUGGAUGCAGGCUCUUUGCUCUGUCUGGAUGGCUGAUGCUUCCAUGAAAAAGAAGGGAGAGGUAGGGUGGGGGCAGGCUGACAGCACUGCUCCAGCCAGAGACCGACUCGAGGCCUAUGCUAGGAUUGUUUGGGGGCACUGAGGGAUGUGGCAGGGAUGGGGACAGACUCUCUCAUCUCCACCCGUUACUUUCCCCUUUCAUUCUGGCCAGUGGUUUGCAAUCUUUAGGGGAGCAGCAAGAGCCUGGACACAGCUCACCCAGCCCAUCCUGCUCCAUCCUUGUCUGCCUUUCCUGAAGGAGCCUGCAGCAGGGGGUCGGAGUGCCUGCCAUGGGGCAGGUCCCAAUCUUGGGGACAGGAGAGCACCCACCAUCACAGAGCCUCUGGAAGCAGAUUUCAGAGUCCAGCAGGGCCUGCUCAGGAACAGCCAUGGCUGUAGCAGUGGGGGACCAGCCAGCGUGAGCAUCUCAUGGCAGGGAGUGCUCCUGCUAGCAGCUAGAGGGAGUUUUUGGAAAAUCCAAGCAGCCCGUUCCAAAAGGUCAAAGCAGGAUGUCUGGGCCUUUUCAGAAGGCUCUUCUUUUUUUUUUUCAUGUCUUUUUAAACGUGCAAUGCUGCUGACACGGGCCGGUUCCCACGGGAGGCUUCAUGUUUAAUGCACUUGAGCUGCCCACUGGAGUGCGGUCAGAUGGCCUUGGGAACUCUGCUCGUGGUCAGCCCCAAACAGAGGGCAGGAGGGGAGUUGCAGUGCAUGUAGACGGCCAGGUUGCCAGCUCGCCACAACAGCCCCUCUCAGUGGCAGUGCAUAGAAGCAGGACCCAGCAAAGCAGAUGUCAACAUUUUUCCAGCCCUCUGCCGUGAGAUGUGUUCCUCCACAGCUCUGACCUCGUCUCGGUGUCUGUGGUAUCAGAAUGUAGUUACUACGGAGUGAAUCCUUGUUGCCUAAACAAGGGUCUUGAAAGGACUUGUCUCCUGUGAAACUUGAUGUGAAGAGUCACAGAGGGGCCUGCCUCUAACAGCCGGAUGGUUACCCAGUGCCAGCACAAGCUGGUUAUGUGGGAGGCUUCGUGGCUUAUCCUUUAUAUCGUGCAAGUUCCUGGAGACCUCAUCUGGGACUGCUGACCACUGCACGAAUGUAGGAGGAGAUGCAGUGUCUCACCCAAAGAGGCACGGAGAGACUAGAUGACUUGCCCACGGGUGCACAGUGGCAUCGGUGGCAAAGCUGGACAUAAAACCCUGCUUUUCUGCAGCCCAAGGCAGGGCUUGUACUGAAGGGGCAAGAAAGAAGUAGCUUGAAAGCACAGGGGAAUGCAGCAGGCCAGCUCGUCCACCACUGCCCAGGCUUCAACGCAGCCCUGGACUUCUGCAAGUGAGUGACUGCAUUGAAAACCGAUGCUAGACAGUAGAACAUGUCCCUGAACACCACUUGUCCCUUGGAGUUCCCCCAGCAUCCUCCAAGGAGUGGGGAGGUAUUGCCAUCACGUUGCAAGGCUAACCUGGCUUCCAGGGGCACCGCACUGCACUGCACCUGCCUGCCUGCACGGUGCCGACUCGCGUGGGACCUGCAGCACUGAUCAAUGGGGAACUCUGCUUCCUCAAGGCCCAGCCCCGUGAGCUAACCACUAGGCUUCAUGGCAGAAGGGGGAAAAUUGCCAGUUUUAAUGUCAGUUCAGAGAGG